AUGACGAAUCUGGUUUGCGAGACUUACAACAAAUCGUGGUUUCUCUUCAACACAUGCAGACUUCGAGCCAUAAGCCGUAAUAAAACUUGUUUGUAUUUGAAUGCCACUGUCUUGCAUCCUGCGUACAAUAUUCAUGCCCGAGCCGAGGUCUAUCAGAAGGCCAAUGGAUGGACGUCUCUACCGCAUGCCAUACCAACUGGAGAUUAUCUUCUGGGAAUAACUUGGAUUUUUGAUAAUAGACCACAGUUUGCAACAAAAGUUUACUUCGCCUUCAAAGAAGAUUUGAAGGCAAAUCCUUAA